AUGGGGGACUCUACCUUUGUUUCAAGUCUAAAAAAGACAAUUGCUGGACUAGCCUGUCCUAUACUGUCAAGGGACCAAUUUACAGGAGACUCGUGUACGGAGGCGGUUCAGAUGGCGCGCCAGGCGCUCAAGGACAAUGGCGUACUAAUUAUCCGAGGGUGUAAUACGCGCGCAGCUUGUGCGGCCGGGCAAGAGGCUGCGUACCGCGCAUGGGAGCGCGACAUUAAGCCGAGCAUUGAUACGGCGGCCCAUGGGGCAAAGGUUGAUGCGGCCAAGACCAUCUACGAUGUACAGGAGGCUCAGCAAAAGGUGCUGUGGCCCACGGGAGUUGUCGGCAACAAGGGAUUUGGAUUUCUGUAUGCGCAGCCAGAAGCCAAGGCAGACUAUCAUGCAACUAAACUGGGGGACUUGGACCAUCCGGACAGCGAACUGACCACGGCCAUCCUGUUCCAGGUCACGAGAAAUGUGGGUGGUAUGAUGUCUCAGAAUUCGUUCAAGACUUUUCGGGGUGUCAUGCCUGUGCCUCACGUAGACAACUAUCCCACCUCGGAAUCAUUUAAUCGUGUGCAGGCCAUGGUCAUUGGAUACAGGGAGGGCGAUGUACGCCUGAUGUUUGGGCGGACCACGCACCAGCCAGACAUCUCAGCCUUGUACCGGAACAAGUCCACGGCAGGCUUUACCUCACUGUCGAACCCUGACGCCAUAGUGGAUGUGCUGGAGGCGGCGGAUGCCAUUGUAAUCCCCGAGCCCGGCGACAUUGAACGCUACGUUGUGGGGACGCACAAUCCAAGCGGCAGCCUGACGCAGACGCAGCUGGAAACGCUGUCUGGAAUGGCCGAGUCUGGGUUUAUCCUGCAUCCAUACGUUGGACCAAAGAGCCAGUUUGGGCCUGCAAAUGCAAAUACCUUUCACCGCAAGACCACACAGUUCUACCGCCGCAGAGUCCAGCCGCGGUGUGAGAAGAAGCGGUUUGCUGCGGCAACCAAGAGUUGCCAGGCCAAGGUGCACAAGCUGACUGAUCGACGCCGGCAACUAUACGGUCUCCAGGUCAAGAACCCUGGUUGUCUGUUUGUGGACCCUCUCGCCCAGCGGGUGUAUACUGUCAUUGUUUAA